GGCCCUUCUGGCCCCGGGGGAGCAACAGGCCAGAUGGGCUUCAAGGGCGAGAUUGGAGACACAGGCAGCACUGGUGCCAGGGGCGAUACAGGGUUCAAGGGAGACACAGGGGAGAUGGGCCUCAAGGGCGACACCGGCAGCACUGGUGCUAGGGGGGAUACAGGGUUCAACGGUGACACAGGGGAGAUGGGACUUAAGGGAGACACCGGCAGCACUGGCGCUAGGGGGGAUACAGGAUUCAAGGGUGACACAGGGGAGAUGGGCCUCAAGGGCGACACCGGCAGCACUGGUGCUAGGGGGGAUACAGGAUUCAAGGGUGACACAGGGGAGAUGGGACUCAAGGGAGACACUGGCGAC